CUGAAAUCUGUAGUAGCAUUGCGCUAAUCUCACGACUAAAACAUAAGGUAGUCUUAGGUACCUAGCUACAGCCAAUUAAAUAACACUAAAUCCCAUCUUUAUAUACUACGUCAGACCGGCAACUCGGAGUUUCUAAUGUGGAGGUAAGGAGGUAAGGUGGAGGUUAGCUCUAGCUACGCUUAUACAUAGGUACUGAGUUAGAGUUCGCUAAACCCCUCAUUAGUAGACAUCGCGGUAACUACAUCUACAUUUACAUCUGCAUCUCAUCACCACCAUCCACAACCAUCCACAACCAUGGUCUACACAAUAGUCGUGCACCUCCGCGCCAAGCCCGGCGCAGACAACAUCGCCAAGUUGCACGCCAAGCUCAACGAGGCCUCCGCCAUCUACUCCAAGGACCGGGAGACCAUAUCUUGGUUCGUCAUGCAAUCGAUCCACGACCCGCAAGAAUUCACCAUCGUGGAGCGCUUCGAGAACGAGGGGAGCCAGAAGUACCACCUGGAGAACCCGUACUGGAAGACCUUCGACCCGUUCGUGGUGCCUCUACUAGAGAAGCCCAUGGAUUUGCGACGGCACGAGGAGUUAGUUCCUAAGGCUGGCGAGGAGGCUUUGCUGGAAUAGAUGACUGAAUGGUCAUUUACUACCUAAUGAAGCGGACUGGUUAUUUAUGGCUGCGCUAUAGGUGGUUUUCAUGUUUGCUUCACAUGGGAGAUAGAAUGGGAGAUAGAUAGAUCAGACAUUGUCACGUAUUCACAUCUUAUUUAAGUUAACAUUAUAUCGCUUAUAUAGAUAGCUCACUGAACGGGAUAAACUCAUAAUAAUAAUUCCGCUCAUGCAUUCAAACUCAUU